AUGGGGCCCGCGGAGCCUGCCGUCUCUGGUCCUGCGGCUAGGGCUGUUGAAGUUAAUUACGCUAAACCUGGUCAGCUUAAAUUUGUGACUGAUAAACGCAAUCCUCUGACCUUCGCUGCUUAUGCCCCUACGACUACUUUUCAUUCUUCUUCAGCAGAUUCACGCAAUAUGUUGAGUACGGGGUCCGAAAAACCCAAAACUGUCUACGACUUGUCAUUUAAUGAAACCCUUAACGUCAGUCUUCUACCAGCCACAUUGCACUCCUUUUGCAAGCUGCGCCGCCAACAGCCUUUGCCCAGCCACUCUAACCCCACGGCCGACCUCCCACUCGACCCUCCUCAACAACCUCUACUACCGGCACACUCUUCUUCGUAUCCUCAAGUUGACUUACAAAAGGCACCUGAGAAUAUGGCAGAACCAAGUGGCCGUGUGGGCACAUCUGGAAUCGAUGUUACAGCCCAAAAUAGGCAAUCAGCAUCUACAGGAAAACCCCAAAAUGGUUCCACUAAAGACGCCAAGUGCGUCUCUGGAUGUUGUUAA